UGUGCACCCACUCCCCCCUGUCUUUUAGCCUGUCCUCCCUGGGUCGAUCUGCAUCCCCUGCUUUCAUUCAGUUUUACCAUCUCGCUCACUCCCACCGCUGUGCUGCUCUCCUCCCGCUUUCUGUCUUGUAGCUGCUACCGCUGCCACCAAUCCCACCUCUCUGCUUUCCUUCCAACCCCUCCUUCCUCCUCCUUUCAGAGCUUUUCAAAGCUGCCUAGCUCACACUCGUACAUAGCAUAACACAGCACUCUCCAGUGUGGGGGAACAAUGUCAGCUAUUCUGGAUCUGGACCAGAUUGCAUGCUCUGGGAAUGGAGUGGAGCAUGACAUUGAGACUCCUCAUGGUGUUCUUCAUGUGACGAUGAGAGGUGUUCCUAAGGGCAACAGGCCUAUCAUCCUCACCUAUCAUGACAUUGGCCUUAAUCACAAGUCAUGCUUCAACACUCUUUUCAACUACGAGGACAUGCAGGAGAUCACUCAGCACUUUGCUGUUGUCCACGUGGAUGCACCCGGCCAGCAGGAGGGCGCACCCCCCUUCCCCAGUGGCUAUCGCUAUCCAACUAUGGAUGAGUUGGCCGAAAUGCUGCCUUCUGUGAUGACUCAGCUGAAGGUCAACAGCGUUAUUGGCAUUGGAGUGGGAGCAGGAGCAUACGUCCUUACCCGCUUUGCUCUGAACAAUCCUACGCUGGUGGAGGGGCUGGUGCUCAUCAACAUCGACCCAUGUGCUGAAGGCUGGAUUGACUGGGCAGCUUCAAAACUGUCUGGAUGGACCAGUAACCUGGUUGAUAUUGUCAUGGCUCAUCAUUUCAGCAGUGAUGAGCUAACAGAGAACCAGGAGCUGAUCCAGACUUACCGGUUACACAUUGCCCAGGACAUCAAUCAGGACAACUUGGCCCUCUUCUGUGGCACCUACCAAUAUCGCCAGGACUUGGACAUUGAACGGCCCAUCGUAGGUUUGAAUGAGCACACCGUCAACACGCUAACGUGCCCUGCUUUGUUGGUGGUUGGUGACACAUCACCUGCUGUGGAUGCUGUGGUGGAGUGCAAUUCCAGGUUAAAUCCAACAAAGACCACUCUGUUGAAGAUGGCUGAUUGUGGAGGUUUGCCCCAGGUGGUGCAGCCUGGGAAACUUGCCGAGGCCUUCAAGUACUUUGUUCAGGGAAUGGGCUACAUUCCCUAUGUCCUUCUCAGUCACCUGAGCAACGAAUCAGUGCCGUCGGCAGGAAUGACUCGACUGGCUCGCUCGCGCACCGCCUCUUCUUCCAGCACCACCUCCAUGGACAGCAGCAGUCGCAGCCGCCACAACUUGAACAGCCUGCUGGAAAACAACGCUCCCGCCGCGCUGGACCGCCAGGCCGGACCCCAGACCAUGGAGGUGUCCUGCUAAACCCGCUGCCCGUGUGCUCCCUAUCCCUUUGUAACUUAUGUACCCGCUCCUCGUCCGCUUUCUCGCUCCCUCAAUUCAAUGCCCGCAGGUUCUAUAAGGAACUACGAGAUUUAGAAGAUGUAUUAACUAUAUAAAAAGAAGCAUAUUGUUAAAUAAUAUAUUAGUAAAAAAGAAACAUUCCUUAACCAUUACUACCACUACAUUCAGAUGUGACUCAUUCACCUUACUUAUAUUUAUUAUUUUUAAUGUUUGUUGGAAGGUAUAGUCAUCAAUGUUAAUAUAACAUUUAACCCACUUUAGUUGAAGUCUAAAUGUGCUGCCUCAGUUAUUUGUUAGUCACUGUGUAUUUGUGUUUUUAAUCUGAUGACUGGACUGCAAAUUGCUGCAACAUGAUGCAGAGCGCACAUAAAACGGUACACAUUAGUCUAAUGGCAGGUUAUUUUUAACAAGAAAAAAAUACGAAUAAGAAUGGUCACAUGACCUUGAUUUUCAUGGCAAGCUCAUUAGUGUUUUUUUAUUGACACGACGAAAGUAAAUUAUGAAUGACUGAUUAUUCUGCUAUUAGACUAACGAAAUGUAGCUGCAGAUUAUGGGGAUGGAAAUAUGUCCUUAACCCUUUUUAAGGUAAGUGACUAUUUUGGGCAAUUGAAAAAACUAACAACCUUAUGAAAACCUUGUGCCCACAUAUGUAGAUGGACAUCACAUUUUCAGUUAUGUAGUCCCCAAGACUGACAUUUCUUAUACAAGUGUGGCUUCUAUGACCCAAAAUGUGAUGUCCACUUAUGUGGAUGCAAGGUGUCAAUUAUAACUCUAUAUUUUGUAAUUAUAUUUUUAUGAAUAAAUUAAUAAAAACAUAUUCACUCUGGUUAUGACCCCCAAUAACUCUAAAGUUGCUUUUUAUUUUUUUCAUUUUAUUCCAUACUAAUUUACCUCAUUGCCUGCCAUUGACAAAUAUAAAGUCCAAUUCAUUAAAACAGGAGGGACUAGCUGCAGAUUGCUGCCAACCUGCCAAUCAAAAUUGAUUAGAUAUUUUAGUGAAGUCAAUGACAGCCAAGGAGUUAAAUGAGUGCCCUAUAAUACAGUAGGUUAAUUCCCAAAAAUCGUCACUCACCCUAUAAAGGUUUAAUAUAAACUGAACAUGCAAGGUAAAGCUUGAAGUCACAUAUAAUAGCGUUAAAGAAAAAUGUGUUAUUGUCUAUUUAACUUGUUUACACUGAAUUUAUUUUCACCUUAUUAUUUCAGAAUUGUAUUGAUUUUAAUGCAAUCUUUGUCAUGUGCUUCAGGGGCUCAGCUCCCUUUCUUUUACCUAUUACUCAAUAAAGAGGUCGAAAAUGAGAA